AUGAUACAGACAACCGGUCAUUCACGUCUCCAGGAGAUCUCCAGGCACCGGGCAUGCACAGUCCCCAUCUGGUGGCAGCUCCCAGAAACCGAGACACUGAAGUUGCCUCCCCGCUUUUUGAAGCACUCGCAAGAAUUCUUUGAUGGUCUUGGCAUCCGAGAUGUCAGUAAGCAGCUGAUCCUUGCCACACUCAUACAUGAGAGCUACUACAACUCCGCUCUGACCGCAAACCUUCUUGGGGAGGAGGCAGUGCACGGAACGGCGGGGUUCCGCUCGGUGCGCACCAAGCUGGAGUUCCUCGGGGAUGCAGUCCUCAACUCCGUCCUCACCACUUACCUCGUGGAGACCUCCGGAAACGGCCCAAUCGGAAACAUAUCAAAGGCCGUGCAUCAUCUCCGCAGCAACCAGGCCAUGGGGGUAGUGGGGCUGGGGCCUUUGAAGCUGGCUGACCGCAUUCUGUGCGACCCCGAUCUCAAGAGCCAGAAGCCAACAACCAAGAAGCCGCACUGGCAUGCCCCAGCGGUAGAGAAUCUGAUGUCGGACACAGUCGAAACAAUUAUUGGUGGGGUCUUCGUGGAAAGGGGCAUCGGUGUAGCCAGCACCCUAGUACUCGACAAGCUCCUCCCACUCCUUCAGCAGCACGCACGGUCUACCACGGGGGAUCCCGUAUCGCUGCUCCAAGAGUUGAUAGUGGCACACGCGAACUGCUUUCCAGAGUACAGAAUCGAACGUCUGCCGAUUCUACGGAGUCGAGUCUUCAAAGCGGAAGUGUACCUGGGAAAGCAACUAUUAGGAACCGGCCGAGGCGAUAACCAUAAGAAGGCAAAGCGGGAAGCAGCACAGCAGGGACUAGAUUUCAUGACAAGCCUGAAAUCUUGAGUUUCUACUAGGAUGGCAAAGUGCCAAAGUCAUUGGGAACAUACUUAUCAGUGCAGCGAUAGACUGAACUAAACGAGUAGGACAUUCAUAGGAGUUAUUACUUUAAAAACAGAUUGAGAGUAUGCUAGAGUGGAAGCUGGUGGCCGCCCGUGCAAUGUGGGCAGCCUUGCCAGCCGGGUGUGUUUCAAGUAGAGUGGCGCACGCGAACAUGAUCCUUGAUUCUGAAAGAUGACAGGAACGAGUCGAUGCUCAGCUGGCUUAACUUGGGCUGCAGAAGAGAUCAGCAGAAUCUGCAUAAUCGACUAAAAUCAUCGAUCUGGAGGCAGGUCGUCGGACGUGACACUGUGGUACAACAGUCAGCCGAAUAUCGACUAGGCUAGCGCGACGAUGUUGACGCAUAGUACGGCAUUGAAUUUUGAUCUGCAGUUAAGAGAAAAGAU